GCGUGCGCAGCAGCGAGCUGCCGUGGCUGCUUCCCUUUCCUCCUUUCCGGCGAUUCUGAUUGGAGGAGAAGGGGAAGAAGGGUUUAGCAGCCCCCGGCUGGGAUCCAUUCAGGGGAAGCUGAGAGGAAUUUGCGGGGAGCGAGGGAUCUGCUGCCGCAGGUGGAGAUAAAUAGAGAACUGUUAUUUCUAGAAUAUACCAAUCCCAGGGCUGACAAAUACGACUUCACUAUAUCUUCUCGGCACUUAAUGAAGCUAUUGAAGCCUGGACCAUUACUGUGGGAUGAAGGCUGGCCUUUCUAUCUUGUGCAAGAGGCAAGAAUUCUGCAGUCACAAAACUGUGUUUACAUUCCUGCACAAGCUUUCAGAGAGCAAGCUGGAAACAACAUUGCAGCAAAUUAUCCCAUUGCCAAGAUUCCUGAUCACCGCUCAGAUGACAAUGGUAAAUGUGCAAUGGAGUUUCUCAGCAGUGAGGAUUAAGCAUUUCCUCUGGAACACCAGGAAAGAAGACAGACUCAAUGCUUUGUGGAUUAAGUAAGUUCCAGACUUCAAUCACAGGACAACUAGACUAUUUGCAAGUCCAAAAGACUCUUUGGAGAAGGGGUGUGGCCAUGGAAAAGAGAAUGGCUGCUUAACUCUGGAACUCCGUUCCUUGCCUGAAGGAAACACAGUUAAGAGAAGUCUGCUGCAUUGAGUACACUUGGACCAGUCCAUCACUCUUGAUUCAGAAAGACAGCAGAACUACUUGCACUUGAAGGAGGGUGCUGUUGCAUCUCUUGAGUCACUGCUCUAGGUUUCCCUCCUUCCAAAUUGGUGGCAUAUACUGGUCAGUAGCUCCUGCAGAGAUACAAGAGGAAAUGCAUCAUUUUGAAGAGGAACUAACUUGUUCCAUUUGCUACAGUAUAUUUGAUGACCCUCGUGUACUGCCAUGUUCACAUACUUUUUGUAGAAACUGUUUGGAAAGUGUUCUUCAGUUAUCAGGCAACUUUUCCAUAUGGAGACCCUUAAGACUUCCACUGAAGUGUCCCAACUGUAGAAGCAUUGUUGAAAUUCCACCGACUGGCACAGAAUCUUUGCCUGUCAACUUUGUAUUAAAGGCUAUAAUUGAAAAGUAUCAGCAAGAGGACCAUCCAGAUGUCGCUACGUGUAGUGAACAUUAUAGACAACCUCUAAAUGUUUACUGUCUUCAAGACAAAAAACUAGUAUGUGGCCAUUGUCUUACAAUAGGAAAACACCAUGGUCAUCCCAUAGACGACCUUCAAAGUGCCUACAUGAAAGAAAAGGAAACUCCUGGCAAACUUCUUGAACAGCUGACAGAUAAACACUGGAGUGAAGUGUGUUUACUUAUUGAAAACCUGGAAGAACAUAAAGCUCAAUGUGAGAGCAUUGUCCAGGAGGAUAAAAAAACUGUGUUGCAAUAUUUCAAGAGACUCAGUGAUUUACUUGAUCAUAAAAAACAAGCUUUGCUUGCAGCUUUGGAAGAAGUGAACAUGCAAAUUGAGACAGAAUAUGAACCUCUAAUUGAAAAUAUGAAAGGCAUACGGGAAGAACAACUUGAAUUGAUGUCACUGAAUACAGCCAUUCAGGAGGAGGAAUCUCCCCUCUUAUUUCUGGAGAAGGUUGAUGAUAUUCGCCAGCGUGUUAAAUCUUUGAAGGAAAAGCCGUUACCAAAUAUAAAACCUGUAGAAAUCUACCCGCGAAUAGGGCAGGUGCUGAAAGAUGUGUGGUCCAAAAGUGAAAUUAGUCAGGUCAACAAGAUUGUCAUUCCCAAAAUAAAGCUAAUUUCAAAAGAAAAAAUAUGUAGCCAUGGCUGUGAAAAGGAGAAGAAACCACGUAAAGAAUUCUUCAGGUCCUUAAAGCAUCUGGCAGUUAUACUCACUUUCUUAGUUGUGGCUACUAUUAUCUUUAGCCAACAUCCCUUUCCAUUUGUAAAGGAAGUAGCAUUCCCCUUUGUUACGGAGUCCUUGGAAACAUUCUAUCAAGAUUUUAGUAAGAGGUUUCAGAUGGUGGUGGGAACCCUGUGGUAUACCUCUAAUUUUCUACUUGAAUGCCUAUACAGAAUAUUUCCUAGUUCCAUGUGAAUAUUUCAAAUAGCAACCUGUGCUAUAUUAAGGACCUCAUGGAUUAUUUUAAUUUUUAAAAACAGAUUCUUAUAGCCUGUUGUUAAACUUAGAAUGGUAGCCAUUAAGAUCAGAUGAUUGAGCCUAUUGGCCGAUUUACCAGCAACAAUUUAUAGUAAGGGGAUGGAAAUUUUAUUAAAAUGAAACCAAUACAUGGGAAUUUCUGGUCUCAGAAUAUGUUCACAAACUGAUAUAAGUAAAGAUUAAAGUGUAAAUAAAGUGUUAAAAAAGAAGUAAAGAUUAAACGGUCCUGUAAAGGCAGUUUGGGAGCUAUAGUAGACUUUCCCUUGAAUUAGCAUCCUCUGCUAUCACAUCUUUGUGACCUUCAAUCCUUGUUUGUCUUUACUUACACUUUUACAUAUUUUAUAAACGCUAUUUCCAAAGUAUUAUUUAGUGCAAAAAGAGCUGGAAUGAAUGUCAUAGAAUUUUAGUGACACAUUAAUCUUAAAUAUCCUAUAACCUUCCACUAAUUUUCUUAGUUGCCCCAUCAGUGUUUAAUGUUUUAAGUACCAAAGAUUUCAAAAUGCAUUUUUUCCUGGAAAACAAAGUUAAUCGUUAACUACUAUGAAAAAUAACUGCCAAUAAUUCCCAAAGCAACAAAACAGCAUGUCUGGGAACAUUAGGUGUUUGCUUUACAGCUGUUGUAGGAAAUCACAAAACCCUACAAACCAGAACUGUACCUGUAUAUGUAGUUUGGUGAUUAUGUUAGGGAUAUACGCAGAAGGCAAUAGUAUGCCGUAAUUGAAACUAGUUUUUCUGCUGGCAUAAGACUUGGUGGAUUCAAUGUUUCUGUAUGUUCACUGUAUAUUUUUGUAUAAAUGAAUUACACGUUUUAUCAAAUUAGAGAUGUAGACUUACACUUUUCAACAGACUACGUUGCUUAUCUCAUAAUACACCACAAUUCAUAAUACUUCUACUCAGAAAUAGGUCUCUUAACUUUUUAUGAAGCUUACUUCAGAGUGGGGUAAGGAUCUAUUAGAAAUCUCACAGGAUUUCUACCUUUAUGGCUCAACAGAGGUUUGAACUUGAGUCAGUUCUAAGAAGGGCGCUGGAAUAUUUCUCUUAUAAAUACCUUAGAAGUGCCUCCUGGAGAGAUUCAAGAGUAGACAUAACCCCUACAGGCGACAGCCCCAUCUAAGUUCCAAGAUGUCAUGUCACUCUAAAUGUGUAAGUUACAGGAAAUGAAUGUUCCUUUGGACAAGUGCAUCACUGUUCUGGUGAAUAUGUGUGUCCUGCACUCAUCAUCUGAAAUUUUCAGCACAGACCUGGAUGUGGAUUGUAUGUUUAAAUAGGCACUGCUGCAUUUGGUAAUAAGCUAUUCCAUAUCUAUGGGGUGUUAGGCAAGGGGUAGUACUUCUGGUGGGGGACGUCAUGCUCCUGGGGUAGUUUGCCCACUCAUGGGCACUAUCUGCACUAUCCCUGCAUGCAAAGACAGCCUGCAGUGGAUUGAGCGGAUGAGACCAAUAGUGGGUCCAACGGUCAAGAAGGGUUUUUUUGGGGGGUUGCAUGUUGCUGUAGAGGGAGAAUUGAGGGGCAAAUGUGGCUCCUCAACCUGGGAAGGCAGCCCACCUGGGAGAAGGAAAACUACUAAACCCCUGCCUUGCAGAAUACUGUAUUGGCCUGAAUAUAAGCCUCACUUCCCCCCCAAAUUUCAACCAUGAAAAGUUAAAGUGUGGCUUAAAUUCACAACCUUACAAAAACUGGCUUUUAUGAUAGAAUUAUAUUCAGGUACUGUCUCCCACACACACACCUUGAAUUUUAAAGGUGCAGCUUAUAUUUGGGUGCAGCUUAUAUUCAGGCCAAUACGGUAUCUGUGGGAGAAGGUGGCGCCUUGUACAUCUCUUUCUGGCAACUCCUGCAUCCACGUUGGUGUCAAAUGUAUUGCUCUACUUUCCUUUGGACCACAUCACAAGAGCCAGAUGGGAACUGAAAACUAAACUACUUAGUAGUUUAGUACAUCAUUUGCCAAUCUUACCACUUACCAUGUUUAGGACUUGGAUGGUGGGCAGCUACACACUGAUAUCUUGCCUAGUGGAGCAGUCCCUAUGGGAUUUAUAUUUUGGUUGUUCACCCACCACAGCCUUAUGUAACUUGCACCUGUAAUUUAUUUCCUAAGAAUUGUGGGGCUUUUUAUUACGUAUUCAGCUUCAUGCUUUUAAAAUGUAAAAAAAAGAAAGAAAAUGUAUUGAAGUUAUUUUUCCAGUUUUUCGGAUUGCAGAAUUUGUAUUUUUCCAUGUACUAAUAUCUUAAUCUUCAUUACAGCGAACAACUUUUGCUGACAAUUGUCACAUCUCUAUCACAAACCUACUUCUGAAGGUAUUUUAAAUAAAACUUGAAAAACUUAA